ACAGAACAAAAGUUCAGAGCAGCGACAUGCUGACGAACGUUCAGCGCACUUUCUCACUGAGUGCACCUGUGCUGUGCGACUGGUUUAACUGCGCCUGAAAGUGAGACCCGCCGCAGUGAGGGGAACAUAAGGGGACCACCGAGGCGCUUUAGCCAGGAAAGAAGUGCCGUGAGAAAGAAACCGUAUCUCUCUCUCUCUCUCUCUCUCUCUCUCUCACACACACUGCCACAGCCGCGCCCGGAUCGCGUCCAACAGCACAGCGCUCUGCCUGCUUCCCUGCUAUAGCAUGGCCAGUUCGAGUAAAGCGACUUUAAUCUUGCUCGUCUACGGAAUCUUAAUGCACUACAGCGUCUUCUGCACACCUAUCGGACUAAGUUACCCUAAGAUUAGACUUGAAAACGACGCCUUCGAUGAGGACGGCAAUUCCUUAUCCGACAUGGGUUUUGAUAGCGAUCAGAUCGCGAUCCGGAGCCCUCCGUCCUUAAACGACGACGCGUACACCCUGUACUACCCACCGGAGAAGAGACCAGAAAGGCAUGCUGAGGAAGAAUUAGAUAGAGCCUUGAGGGAGAUCCUGGGUCAGUUAACAGCGAGACAUUAUCUGCAUUCUCUGGUGACAAUUCGUGCAGGUGAAGACAACAGCAUGGAGGAAGAGUCAGAGCCCUUAUCCAAAAGACAUUCAGAUGGGAUCUUCACCGACAGCUACAGUCGCUAUAGAAAGCAGAUGGCCGUGCAGAAAUACCUGGCAGCGGUUCUGGGAAGAAGGUACAGACAGAGAGUUAGGAACAAAGGACGCCGACUUGCCUAUUUGUAGCGCUGUUACAGCGCCACAUGCCCUCCUGUGUAUAUACAUCCGUCGUUAAAUCAAAGUCAUUCAGAUAUAUCUGACCAACCAGUGGAUUGCGCCUGUGUUCUUUUAACAUGUAUUUAUGUAUGAAGUAAAGCCAUUAAAAUGAAUAUUUUAAUAAUAAUAUCGUUUUUUUUUCUUUUUGUACAAAAGCACUUGAUACCGCACAGUUAUAUACUUUGUGGACCAAUAUUUUAUUUUCAUGUUGAGAUGUUGAAAACAAAACAAAAUGGCAAAAAAAAAAAGAAGAAAUUAUAAGAAGAAGAAGAAGAAAAAAAGAAGAAAAAAAAAGAUAAUUGUGCACCUUCAACAUUAUGCGCUUGACAUCUUUAAAGGUCAUCUACAUAUGCAGAAAAUAAAUAGAUUUUAAAAAGACAAUCAAAGUAUUGAAUGUUAUACUUAUUUUUGUAACCAACGUUCUAUUUUUUUAGUGUUGUUUGUUUUUCCAAACAGGCCCAAAGAAGCAGUGAGCAUGCUAUGUGAGGCAUAUCGGGGCUUAUCCUAAAUGAUAGAUGUUGCCCUUGCCCAGCCUCCUCCCCGCUCCCUUAAUGGGAGCUCUGUGGGUUUAUGUAGCUUGCUGCCCCUCCAGGGCAAUUCACAUGGCUUUUGUUGAACAGCCUCUCAUUUGAUGAUUGACUCACAUGACCAUUCAUUUAACUGGUGGUAAAAUCCGACCCCCUUUUGAGCAGAAAUUUAAUUGUAGGCUUUUGCAAGGGCACUAUUGCCUUUACUGGAGAUAAAGGAAGCACUCAAGUUUCUGUUAAUGCGACAAACACUGCUUGCUCACUUGCCUCAAAGUCAUUUACUGUGGGGAGAUACAUCGUGCUGUGUUCAGAAUGUUCCAUAUGUGUGUGUUAUGUACAGUAUAGAAAUUACACAGUGCACAUAUUGUUGUCUGUGUUCAGUCAACAGAAUUAUUUGGAAGAAUGUGCUUCAACUGUUGAUUGUCUUUGGGCAGCACUACAGAUAUUCAGAACGGACCCAGAACAAGAUACAGGAAAUUAAGCAUUUUUUUGGUGACCAGAGGUGGAGCGGAAAGGUAGCAUCUGAGUUACAGUUAGGGAUAUUUAACGAUGUUUCUUAUUUAUCGGUGCAUGGGGAAACUGACUCCUUGCUGAUUUUGCUUAGAAACUGCAUGCCAUCGUGCUUUUUUUGGAUUGUGCUAUUUGAGUAGGUGGGCUGUGCUAAGCCUAUUUCAGAACCACUCCCCCCUUCAGAUGUGUUGGAAAUGUGAACAAGGAGGGCUAGAGGUGGUGGAAACGGGUACUGCACUGACUUGUUGAAUUUAUAGCUCCCCUGCUGCUGUCAUUGUGGAUAUCAUAAGACGUGACACUGGACCCCCCUUCCUCUUUGUCGAUUGCCUUUGUCCUGGUAGCGUUUUUUAAAGAUUAUUUUGCUUCUAGAUCACCGUGCAUAAUAGCUGAUUUGACAGUGCUGUGAUUCUUUGUUAAGACAAAUCUGAUCUGUGUUAGAUGUCUACUGAGGUUUGUGCAGUGAUGUUGUGAUAUAGAGAUGAGGAGAGUGUUAGGUGACAGAGAGAGAGAGAGAGAGAGAGAGAGGGAGAGUGUUAGGUGAGAGAGAGAGAGAGAGUGUGUGUUAGGUGAGAAAGAGAGAGAGAGAGAGAUGUGUAUGGAGAGGAAGACAAAGCUGGAGACAAAGAGACGAUGUGGGUGUGUGUGUAUGUGAGAGAGAGAGAGAGAGAGAGAGAGAGAGAAAACAAAGCUGAGACGGUGACAAGCCUGAGAGAGGUUGUCCCACCUGGAUACAGAGACAAACAAGAGGCGAGAACCCCGCCGCCUCUCUUUACCUGCCAAAGUAACAUCGGGUCAAUGAGCCCGAUAGAAAAUAUCAGAUGUUAAAAUGUGUACUUUGGUAUCAGGAUGCUUGAACAGAAUAGGCCCCUCUGAAUGGAGGUGGAUGAAUUUCAGCCCUCCAGUUGAGGGAUCUUCCCACUGACGUUUAUUAUGGAGACAGUUUAUGUAUUUAUUCAAUGUUAUGCAAAUGCAACUGUAUGCACCUCUGCAAUCCAAUCAGUGGCCUGCUCCCCCCUCCCAUAGAAACUAUCAAUACACUCCUUCUUCAAUUUUGGCUUUAUCCAACAGGCUUUGUUUGAAUGUGAGUGCGGAAGUGAGUUUGAAUAUUGGUGAGCAUUCAUUUCAUUUCACGUGAGUGUUACAGCAUGCAUCGGAUGUGUGUUUGUGUGAGGUGACUGAAUGUGCAUGUGAAGGUGGAAACAGCUUUUGGCUUUGGUGCCUUGCUUCGACGUAAAAAAAAAAAAAAAAAAAAAAAAAAUCAAAUCAAAUAAUUUGCCACAAGUGACAGAUGGCAUUUUUAGUGGCCCUACAAUGCUGCAGUCCAUGAGCUUACAUGGAAACUUCCUUUCAUACUGUUCGCUCAGCUUAGUCCGCCCCAAGAGUAGUAGUAGAAUUAGGCUUUCUUUUAAAGCAUGGCAUCAAUUUAUAUUGAGUAUAACAAUAUAAAAUGAACAGAAUGUAUAUGUUAAUGGAAAAGGCAACGUGUGUGUGUGUGUGUGUGUGUGCAUAAGUUUGGGGUGUUCAGUGUCUGAGAGUUGUGAACAAUGAGCAGUGUUUGUUACUGUCGAUUAUGAGGUGUUGUUGAUUAUUUUGAUAUUGGUCAGUAAUUUAUUAAUCAUAAAAUAGCCCCAACAUAUUAUUUACAACUAUGUGCAUCACUAUUAAGAACAAAAUAGUUUCAGAGCAAGACAGAGAUGUUGUUCCGAUCAUAUAAAUGCCUGUUGUUGAUAUUUCUGAAAGCGCCAAACGCCUUACUUCAAUGUUUAAUCUCUUAUCUAUCUGAAGACUAUGUGUUUUAAAAAGUGAACCGUAGUACAAGUGGCAUCGUUAUACACACAGGAGUCCUUAUAUGGGGUUUUACGUUUCUCAAUGUUAUGAAAGUGUUGUAAGAUUUGUAUGAAUAAAU